GCCUGGCUGUUUACUUACAAGUUUGAAAUAUGAGAGACUUGUUCAGAAAGAUUUGGAGAGCCUGGAUUGAUGGCUGGUCCCUCUCAAUCCCAAGAGCGAACCACCCCCAAAACAAAGAGCACAAACAAAAGCCUUCCCCCCCCCAAGAUUUGAAAGUAUCUUGUCCCCUUAUUGGUCCUUUGGGUCAGGUGUCAGCAAGGUUACCUGAGCUUCUUAACCCUUUACAAGUAAAAGGAUUUUGGAGUCUCUGGCCAGGAGGGAUUUUAUAGUACUGUACACAGGAGGGCUGUUACCCUUCCCUUUAUAGUUAUGACACACCCUCUGCCCCACUACAUUCUGUACAUACUCCCACUACCCACCCUCUGCCCCAACACCACCCCCCGCACUCAGACACACUACCCCCCUCUGCCCCACUACACCCCAUACACACUCACAACCCCUCAAUGCCCCACUCCAAUGCUGCACACUCUCCCUCUGUCCUGCCGCCCUUUUACACAGGUUCCCACUACCCUCCUCUGCCCCGAUACUCCCCCCACACACCAUCUGCCUUGAUAUCCCGUUACACACACCCAUUGCCCCAGCACCCCAAGCUGCACCAGGGAAGUGCAGCACCCCUCAGCAAUCCCAAGUUGUGCCCAGGGGGCCCCUGGCUACUUCUCUGCCCAAUACCACUUCCUGAUCCACUCCUUGUAGCUGAGGCAGGACUCAGUUACUGCCAACAAUGCUGAGGUGCCAUGCCACUCAGACCCAGGUCAAUGAUGCAGACCUGCACCCCCAUCCAGGCCUCCUCCCACCAGCCCUGUGCCCCCCUCCAACCUUCCUAGUAGCCUCAGUCCAUAUGCCCUCCACAGCCCCUGCAUCCCACAGCCUCCCCAAUGCUCCCCCACCACCCAAUAGCUCCCACCACCUCUGUGCCCCCUCCAGCUGCCCUACACGCCCUCCAGCCUCUGUGCCCACAGCCCUCUCAUAUCCCCGCAGUCCCUGUGUCCCCCACAACCUCCCUGAUAGCCUCCAUACCCCACAGCUCUUGUACUCUCCCGGUACCCACAAUAGCCUCCUUCACAGCUCCCACAAACUUCCCAAUCCCUAUGUCCCUAACUCGAAUCCCUCUUCAAAGACUACACCCGGUCCUCCACCCCAAAUACCCAGAUAUCUCUGAGUUGCUGUUGGAUUCCCAAGGGGACAAAGAAAACUUGAGCAAUAUGGUUCUGCAGCAGGGUGACCUCUGAAGCCUGUUGCUUGUGCUCUCUGCUGCCUGCCCUGCUCCCUGCAUCACUGAGCUGGGAGCGGGUUGAUUUGCAGCCUGGUUCCUGCUCUAGGGUCCAGCGUGGUCCAGUUUGCUGAGAUGUCUGCAGACGCAGCCAAGUCCCACCCACUGGUACAGGCACUGGUUCACCUCACUGCAGGGGCAGCAGGCGGGGUGGCAUGUGUGGUGAGCGGGCAGCCCUUUGACACAAUCAAGGUGAAGAUGCAGACCUUCCCCACCAUGUACCGGGGUUUCUUUGACUGCUCAGUCCGGACGUACCGGCAGGAAGGGCUGCCUGGGCUGUAUCAGGGCACCACUCCAGCCCUGCUUGCUAACGUGGCAGAGAACGCAGUGCUCUUCGCUUGCUAUGGCUUCUGUCAGCAGCUGGUGAGGCAGCUGUUUGGACUGAGCAGUGUGGUGGAGCUGAGCGACCUGCAGAGUGCACUUGCCGGCUCGUUCUCCUCUGUCUUUUCCUCUAUGGUGCUGUGCCCUGCGGAGCUGGUGAAAUGCCGCAUGCAGGCCUUACAUGAGAUGAAGGUCACCGGGCGAACAGCACUAGCACGUCACAGCUCUACCUGGGCUACUGUGAAAAAUAUCUUUCAAUCUGAGGGCCUGCUGGGAUUUUUCCAGGGCCUGACCAGUACUUGGCUACGGGAGGUGCCUGGCUACUUCUUCUUCUUUGGUGGCUAUGAAGUCAGUAGAAGCUUUUUCACCCAGGCUGGUCAGUGCAAGGAGGAUCUGGGUUCUCUUCCCCUAACAGUGAGUGGUGGGAUGGGGGGGGCCUGUUUCUGGCUGGCCGUCUAUCCCAUUGACUCUGUGAAGUCUCGGAUCCAGGUGCUUUCCAUGGCAGGGCGGCAAGAUGGCUUCCUGCUCUCCUUUCUUCACAUCUUGAGGACAGAAGGUUUCACGGCUCUUUACUGUGGACUGAUGCCCACAGUGAUACGCGCACUCCCCUCCAACGGUGCCCUCUUCCUAGCCUAUGAAAUGACGAGGAAAAAGCUAACUGGCCUGCUUGAUAGGACACCCUGAGGUCAGAGGUCAAGGCCUGAUUUGGAAGGUGGCAUUAUAAAGCAGCUUGAACUAAGUUUGGGACUCCUUUCUGGCUGCUAUGGCCAAACCUUUCUGGAUGGUUCUCAGUGCCUUUGGAUUUUUGACACCUCCCAGCCUGGGAAGGACAGAUGUCAGCAGGCACUGAGCAGGCUGGCAUUUAAGGAGUAAUAUUAUGUUCACAGGCAUUUCAAAGGGAUGGGGACAAGGUUCAACCCCUGGGCAAUGCAAAACUGAAUCAUAUAGAUUUCCUUCUCUAGUGGGUUCCCUGUGUGCCUUCUUUCUAAAAGUCUACUCUUUAAUCUGCAUUUCUGAUCAAACCCAAGUGACCUGUGUUUGCUGAAAUGGAGCAGAGAAGUAAGCAUGCCCCAGCAGGCAAUGGUGUCUAAUAUGAUAUGUUUGUCUUUAUGUACAUAGAUAUAAUGAGAAUAAAACGUUCCUAGAUUUUUGUGGCAAUAAAUUAAAAUCUCUAAUCGGAGAGGGUUUCUCUGUUUUGAUGGGGGAGAGUGGUGGGAUUCUGGGACUAGAGAAUCAGGAGGAGGAAGAAUCUGGGCAAACUCAGUCUGGGACUUGGAGAACAUUGUAUAACAUUUGCUCUUUUCUCCUGUGACCUCAGUGAUGAUAGUGGAAUGUUCGAGGAAGCUCCAGAGAGUAGGCUCCCAUGCUGGAUUUCAUGAGAACCUGUAUGAAAAGCUUUACUGAAGUCCAGAUAUGCUCCCUUAGUACACUGAUGUAUGCAUGUCCAGCAGUAGCCAGCACCUUCCUCCUAGCAGCCACCCCUAUUCAUUGGAUUCGACAUAUCAGUUCAGAUGCUUAAGGCAUGCACUUGGGACCCUCCAGAAUGUCUUUUCCUUUGGUUUGGUGAAAGCCUUUGGUUAUUUCUUUAACUUUUGGAUUGUCUGGACCCCUCAGUUCAGGGCAACUGCACCAGUAUUUCCCCUCUGUGGUCCACCAAGGGAUCCACUCUAGGCUCCCAGAUCAUCAUCUGUCACCUCUCUUGGGUGGAGACUCAUGUCUCUCUCUCCCUCCAGACUGGGAUUUUUCCAGGCUGCAGAGUUCCUUGCCUACACUGUGAUAUUCCCAGCAAGUGAGACUUUCUAAAUUGUAUCUGUGCUUUGCUUUGCUUCCUCUCCUGAGGCUGUGAACAGAGUAAUUACCAGCAAUCACCAGUCACCACACACAUCUUUCUAAGCAAACACAUUUAUUCUUAAGGUGAAAGCAUUACAGAGAAAACAAUAAAAAACCCUCACACAUUCUAAAUGCUCAACGGCGGUCCUCCGUCUCCAGCUGCAAGUUCUGGUGGGCAUCAGUCCUUCAAAACCCACAGGGCUGCAAGUUCAUGACUAUCUCAAAUUCUGAACCAGAACGACCAGCUGGGCAGUUCAUCUGUUUCUUUAUACAGCUUGGGCCUUUGAUCUCUAAUCUUUGGGAACAGGUAACCAGCAAUCAAAGACCCGCCCCUCAGGGCAUAGCUUCAAAAGGCAGGGUUUGUGCAUAACCAGAAGUGGGGAAUUUGCAUUAACCAACCCUCCCCCCGCCUUCCAGAUACUCUACAGGAAACCCACUUAACGCUUAUUGUCUAUUCUUGUCCAAAAGUCCAUUCUUGUCUGGCACAUUUUCAGUGGUAGUCCUUUGAACUUGCAGGCCUCAGAUCACAUCUCCCCCCUAGAGAGGUGCAAUGGGGUGUGUACUCCACACAAGCCCUGAACGGAUUAAUCUGGGCCUGAUUGAAGAUGGAGCACAGCUGGGGAGGGGCUGGGUAGUGCUUAUAAAGCCAGGAAAUUUGCAGCAGAAAGGGGCUGCAGGGGGAGAGUCUUCAGUCACUCAGUGGGGUAUAGAAGAGGUACGAAGUGGUCCAGGGUGGGCAGCAAGGACUCUGAGGGACCCUUGGCUGCCAGCUAGUGGGUCCUGGGCUGCAACCCAGAGUAGAGGGUGGGCCUGGGUUCCCCUACCAACCACUGAGGAAGGUGGGGUGAAACCCCAUGAGGUAAGGGGUAUAAAGAGCCCAAAGGCAGACAGAAGACCUGCUGUAAGGUCAUUAGACGCUCUGUUACCCUGGGAGGGGUGGACAAAAGCAUGAUCUGUCCAGAGGGACAAGUUGUGGGGAGAGAGACCAUUGUAGUGAUAGAACAGCCAUUAGCAGGGGGUGCCAUGUGGGAAGACAGUUGCUAUGCCAUGCCUGGCCAUGAGGCGGCACUCCUGCAGUGAGUGAACCCUUUACAAGAGGUUACAUACAAUCCUGGCCCACAAUAAUACAUAAACUUUGCAUUUAAUACAAUGAACCCCAAAGAUACUUACACUGAAUUCAGUGAGGUUUCCCAAGCACAUGCUGGACACUGCUGUCUCUAUCACAGCACAUUCCAUCCAGGCUGGAUUUCACUAGACCCUGUCUGAGGUGCUUUGCGAAAGUCCAGCUGGUGCCUUUGUACACUGACAUCUGUGUAUCUAGUAAUAGCUGGCACCUUCCUCCCCCAGCCUCCUUAGUCAUUGGAACAGCUGUGUCACUCAGGAGGCUCGACGCAUGCGCUUGGGACCUUCUGGAAUGUCUCUUCCCUUGGUUUGCUAGAAACCUUUGGUUCUUUCUGUAACGUUUGGAUUAUCUGAACCCUGCUCUGUCCUUGGCCAAAUAUUUCCAUACACCAAGGUUGAGACUUAGAAUCACUUGCUGGAAAUAUUCUUUUUCCUAUUAGUAAAGUUCAGGAUACUUAAAUGUAUUGCCUCAUAACCCAGUCUCCUCCUUGUCACUGUGUAAGGAAUUAAAAGUAGGGAUAUGAUUAGAAAAUAUUAAUGUAAAAGUAGCACCUGCCCAAGCUCCGUUCUAAUACUGCCUGGCUACACACCUGGACUGGGACUGAAAUUGUGCUUUAAGCAUCAUUUAAACUGUUUGUCUGCUAGUCUAAGGAUGUUCCUCCACCCCCACACCAAUGACACUGUACAUGUAAUAAAUAACAUCAACCUUUGCUUACUGUUCACACUCACAUAAAUGGAUGUGCUGGACUCCACAACAGAUUCACUAGCUACAUUCUUCUUAGGGAUGGUGGCGGGGCAGGGAAAAGAACCCAGCUUGGUUUCUCAAAAGUCAGACUGAGCGGAUCAUUGGAAAAAUUGUGCUGCUGCAAGAUGAGUGAUUGUGCAGUGGAGUCACUGAUUAGGAGGACAAAGAAAGGCCUUUUGACUGAACAUAACCUUGGCUGCAGCAGCUGCCUUCCUAGCACAGGGAUUAUGUCAUUAUUCACACCAGGGCAUGGAAGUUUGUGGGCUUGCACUAGGGAUAAAUUUGGCUUCUUUCUUAUUUUGUUCCUUUCCCCGCCUGCAGUUGCUGUGGGCCCUCCCCUCUCAGGAGGGGGGCAGGACAGAAAUAUCUGCUCAGACAGUGACACUUGAAGCUGACAGACAUGUCCAGCCAGCUCAGCUGCUGGGCCUGUGUGCCCAUCUUUGGGUUGCUCUCUGAUUGCCAGACUGCCCCUCUCUGGCUGUGCCUAAAGAUAGAACCAGCCCAUCUCUCCUUCCAGCCUCUCUCUGCUGCAGGCUUUACAGAGCAAUGUAAUUAAUCAGUGCAGGGACAGGAAAGUGUGCACAGGCCCUUUGCACCACAGGGCAGGAGUUACAAUUGUUCGAGCCUUGGAAAUGGCUUUGCUGUGUUACAACAAGGGCUGUGGACAAAGAUUUGAUGCUGAUAAGAACUCUGAGGGGCUGGUCUUGCUGCAAGAAACGAACCACAGACUUCUCAGAAUUCCUCUCCAUAAAGGGCUGCAUGAAGGGGUGUCACAGCAAUGAGAAGCC